AUGGCUAAACUUCAAACAGAUUUCGCAAGUCGCUUUGACUCUUUAUCCGAAAAACUUCAUGCCUAUGACGCGCGCAUUAGCCACCUAGAAGAAAAGGAAAAGGAGAAUACUCUACUUAAAGCCCAAGUUGCAGACCUCCAAAACCAACUGAAUCAACAAGCUCAAUACACACUGAAUUCUGAACUGGAAAUUAUAGGCCUCCCUGAGACCCCAAGUGAGAACCCGUACCACAUGGUACUAACUGCAGCGUCGAAGCUGGGAAUGGUCCUCGAAGAAGAGGAUGUGAACUAUGCGUCGCGAGCGGGACCGCCGCGCCGCAGCGGCGAUAAGAGCAACACUCAACCACGACCGUUAGUAGUGUCCUUUGUGCGGAGGGCGAAGCGAGAAGAGUUUCUGAAAAAUGCGAGAACUCGGCGUUCGUCGCUUACUAGCAAGGACGUUGUUCCGGCAGAGCCUGAGAAGAAAAUGUAUGUAAAUGAACGGCUGACUAGUGACAGUAGGCAUUUAUUUCGUGACACACGAGCUUGGGUCAAAGAGCACGGAUACAAAUACUGUUGGACACGCGGAGGGAAAAUAUACGUUAGGAAGCACGAAGGUGGGGACGGAAGCCCAGCCAUACAGAUCAGAUCGAAUGGAGAUCUUCAUAAUCUGUCAGGGAAACCGGCCGGCUAA